CUGUAAUCCGCGAGCUCAGCAAGCGAACAAGCGAGCAGGGCAGCCGCCGAGUCGAGCCGAGCUUUCGCGAGGGACCCUCCAAGUUUUGCCCGAGCGCGCGUCGCCGAGAAAAAACCCCAGGAACGACCUCUCAGUAGCCCUGCAUCCGCUGCCUGUUUUGAAAACUGUUUGCCAGAAAAGGGAAGCUACUGACUUCAAAAGGAAAAAAUGAAUUCUACGGACAUCCCCAUCCAGACAGAGAUGAUAGACAUCGUGCCAAAUGGAAAACAUUCAGUAUUACAUACCUCUUCCAUGGGAAAUGACAGCAGAUUUGAUGAGAACCAAGCGAAUGUAACGGAGAUGGAGGAAUUUCUUCCACAUGGUGUUGAAAAGAAACAGACUCAUUUCACAGAUUUUGAAGGGAAGACUUCUUUUGGGAUGUCUGUUUUCAAUCUCAGCAAUGCCAUCAUGGGCAGUGGGAUCCUUGGGCUGGCAUAUGCUAUGGCCAACACUGGCAUCCUCCUCUUUCUAUUCCUCUUGACUACUGUAGCUCUCUUGUCAAGCUAUUCUAUACAUUUGCUGCUUAAAUCCUCAGGGAUUGUUGGAAUCCGAGCCUAUGAGCAACUGGGUUACAGAGCCUUUGGGACACCAGGGAAAUUGGCAGCUGCCCUUGCUAUAACACUACAAAACAUUGGAGCGAUGUCAAGCUACCUAUACAUUGUGAAGUCUGAACUGCCUCUAGUCAUCCAGACCUUCCUUGCUCUGGAAGAGAAAACAGCGGACUGGUAUAUGAAUGGAAAUUACCUGGUAAUCCUGGUCAGUAUCACCAUUAUCCUUCCUCUGGCCCUCAUGAAACAACUAGGUUAUCUUGGUUAUGCCAGUGGGUUUUCUCUUAGCUGCAUGGUCUUCUUCCUUAUUUCGGUCAUUUACAAAAAGUUCCAGAUUCCUUGUCCACUUCCUGAGCGGAUCAACCACACAGGCAACCUGAAUUACACCUUGAUUAGCACAAGCAGCUAUGAAAAUGAACACACUACUCUGCAGGCCACAGAGGAAGACAUUUGCUCUUCAAGUUUGUUCAUGCUCAAGUCUCAGACAGCCUACACCAUCCCUAUCAUGGCAUUUGCUUUUGUGUGUCAUCCUGAAGUCCUUCCUAUCUACACAGAGUUGAAAAACCCAACCAAGAAGAAGAUGCAGUGUAUCUCCAACAUUUCCAUCACAGUCAUGUAUGUUAUGUACUUCCUGGCUGCCCUAUUUGGUUAUCUCACAUUUUAUGGGCAGGUAGAAUCAGAAUUGCUUCACACCUACAGCAGAGUAGACUCACUUGAUGUGCUGAUCUUGUGUGUGCGAGUAGCUGUGUUGAUUGCUGUGACACUAACAGUGCCAAUUGUUCUCUUCCCGGUUCGCCGUGCAAUCCAGCAGAUGCUUUUUCAAGACAAGGAUUUCAGCUGGAUUCGGCACAUUAUCAUUGCUUUUCUGCUACUGACAUCUAUUAAUUUGCUUGUUAUUUUUGCUCCCUCCAUCUUGGGAAUCUUUGGCUUAAUUGGUGCCACCUCAGCUCCUUGCCUGAUAUUCAUCUUUCCAGCAAUAUUCUAUAUCCGGAUCGUGCCCAAGGACAAGGAACCUAUGAAAUCCCUUCCCAAGAUUCUGGCAUCUCUCUUUGCGGUCCUCGGGGUGCUCUUCAUGAUCAUGAGCCUCAGCUUCAUCAUCAUCGACUGGACGUCAGGUGGCCUAAAGAGUGGAGGCAGCCACUAGGCGACAUUCGGAGCCCCGUGAUGCACAACGAAGCCUUGGGAAACUCAACUGGCUUGGAUCCAUUUCCUGCCCCCUGCCCUGUGUUAGUACUGUAUCAUUCUUUCAUCCCUGGUUACAUUCUGAGCCACGGGUGCUAUUCCAGUAUGAAAUCCUCACACUCACACUGAGCCAGAGGUGCUGCAGGCUGGACUAGACCAGAAGCCAAUCUCUUACUUUCUCUGGGCAUUUGAUUUUCUCUCAAAAGUCUGGGAUCGGCCAGGCUAACAGUAGUCUAAAUGAGCACAUAAACUGGAAAAAUAAGCCCAUUUCAAGGGAAUGGGAGGGGAGGCUGCUAUGAUACACAGUCUAUCUUCAGUUCUAUAUGCCCAGCCCAGCUGGCCCACACUGAGGGGACUCAAAAGUCAGCAGGACCAGAAGAAAAUGGAGCAACUGUGCUAAAUAACUUGGAUGUAGGGCUCUCACUUGAUGCUCACUACUGAAUGGUUGACCUGGGCCAAGCUUUAUAUUAUAUGAAUAUUACACUGAGGCUACAGAAUGAAAAACCAAGGCUUUUUGAAGCUUGAAGGGGUUUAAGAAAGAAAUAAUAAUUAUUUCCUUUAAAAAAAAAUCUUAUCAGUCACAAUCCCAGCUCCACUACAGAUCCUUAAUCCUCUUCAAAUGUCACUUGGCAGUCCUGACUUUUUCUCCUUCUCCCUUACACUGGUUCUGUUUCCUUGUUUGCCUUCUGCAAUGAACUCCUUGCCACUUUUUAGAUAGCUGUAAGACUUAGAGUGGGAGGCAGAUUAAUGGGGGCAUAUUGGGAAACUACAGGCCUUCUGAACUACCAGUUGUGAUGGGAUGAAGAUUUGCACUGGUUUCCAAGGAUCCAUUUACAUGUUCUGAAUUAUCCUGGGGUAUUUGAAGCAGAGAAGAGAUGAUGGCACUGGAAAUUGGGCAAUGUAACUCUCUUCUUAUAUGGAACUGAGCUUUAGUUUGGAUGGUCCUAUUGUUCAUGACUUCAAAACCUAACUUCUGUUUGUUUGUCUCACUGGGAAGCAAUCAUCACAGUUUUAAGAUUCUAUGUUAAUUGGACUCUUAUGCUAAAAAAUUGUUCAUCCCUUGAUGCUACAUAAAUGGACCACGCUGGCUGGGGAAUUCUGGGAGUUGCAAUACUAAAACUUUUAGACGACAUCAUAUAUGGGAAGGCUAGCUUUCAGGAUUCAUCCUUGAUUUAAAACAUGAAAUUAUAAAGGCCUUGAACAGAAAAGUAUAUGUCAUCUGAAGAGUGGAUGACAUAUAGCAAGCAGGAUUUUAUGAAGCGAAAAUGAUUUUAGAAUGUUUAAACUGUGGAAAACUUUAAUGGAAAACAUAGUAAUCAAAACUGAGAUAACAUUCCAAGACUGGAAAAUUCAAUUUUUCCUCUCUGUUAUUAAUACCUGUUUUACAUUGUAAGUAGAGCCUAGUCCUUGCAACAUGGGAACAAAAAUGCAAUAGGUUCUUUCUGAGAAGAUUUGAUCAAAGAUCAUAAGGCUAGUUGUAGUGCUGCAUUAGUAACUUGUGAAAAUAUUUUGAAGCUUUAGGGGUAUUCUGAUGGUUCCCAGGUAUAAACAGUUAUCUCUAGUCUGAAUGUAUAUUAUAUUUAGUACAUAGCCCUAAUAUAUAGUCCUUAUUAUGCAACAAGAAGAUGAUAAAAAUAGUUGCAAAAUUGUCCUAUUUUUCUGUCAUAAUCCUGAAGAAUGUCAUUCAACAUUCAUCAGACAAAAGUAGCUCCUUUGGUUUUAU